AUGCAAAUCAAAUUAAAGUGCCUAGGAAGGAGUUGUGGAAGGGGGCGGGGUGAAAAAGGUGGAUCUCAUCCAUGUGUCGUUUGCAAAGCAACUAUAGAAACUUUUACGCAUUCAAGACCCCUGCCACAAACACAUGCUUCGGAGUACGGAUUAGCGGAAAGUGAUAUUCCCCCCGGGGGAAGGGUUUGUAAUACGUGCAGAUGUAAGGCUGUGCGAUCCCGUUGCACCACGUGUCCUUUACCCACGUGUCCGAAUUCAAAAGGACGAAUUAAACGUUUAAGAGCCCUUCCAAGCAAAUGGUCUGAACUUUCGGCCGAAGUGAAAGAUCCCAUAAUUGCUGAAUUCCAAAUACCACCCAAUUUAACGAAAUGUUGUUCAGCUUGUUUUAAUCGCAUUUCGCGAAGACUCACUCCCCACAUUGCGACGGAAGAGGAAACGUUGCGUUGGACGGAAGAAGAAACGGAAGCUUUGAAACGGGGUUUAAAGGAAUAUGGAAUUUCAUGGUCGAAAAUAGCUGAAAAAGUCGGUAGUAAAACUCAUCAUCAGUGUAAAAGCUUUUAUUUUAAUUGUCGGAAAAAAUUGGGUCUCGAUUUGUUAGUUCAAGAAUAUAACAAAGUAAAUCUUUCAAUCGUUUUAAGUGCACAUUUGGGAGAGGAUCGAAAACCGGCUGUUACCGAUGAAGAAGAAAGCGGUUCAUCCACGUCUAGUUGCGAUGAAAUGCCAGCAGGAAAUCACGAUUCGAGUGACACUGCCAGUGCCUGCAGUCCGAAUAGAGGAACUGAUGCUUUAUCAGUUCCUGCUGGCAAAGAUGAAACGACAGUUUUGAGACCUCCGGAACCGCAAGUGACUAACGAACCACGGCCGGAAAAAGAUUACGAUAGUUCUGCUACGGAGACGGCUGAUGAGGGACAGGGUGGCGGGGAAAGUGAAAACACGUAUCCCCAUCUACCCGGCACCUCUAUCACAGCUGUCCCUUCCACCGGACACCAGCAACAACAAAACGGACCGAUUCCGAGUCCUCCUCGUACUGUAAAAGAUUUAAUGGCAAAUGUAAUUGAAAAGUCUUUAAUGAAAACUCCGGGAGUUACUGUUUCGUGCUCUGCACCUCCAACUAUAUCUUCCAUAUUGAAAUCCAACCACAAAGAUUUAUCGUUCGUGAAAAGAUCAGGAUCUGAUUCUUUGGCGACUCUUUCAAUUGUAAAUUCGCAUGACAGAAAUCAAGAGUCGUCACUGUCGCCAAAUAUAGUUAAUCAAAGUUCAGAUCUCCCGAAGGAAGGUAUUGUCGUCGUUCAGGUUCAGCAGGCACUGAAAGAACGGCGUGAACCCGAACCUGAAACUUUAGAUUUGUCUAUUAAAAAGAGAGAUUGUCCUAGCGGAUAUCAAAAUUCUCCAUCCCAUCAUUUUAAUAUUCCUCCUCUUUGCGGUGCAAGUGUAUAUCCAAGAGUCGGAGAACAACAGCAACAUUAUUACCAUCAUUCUCAUCAAGUUUCCGAUCAGAAUAGGAGUAUAUCAAAAUCUCCUUCUGUAUUUUCAUCUUCGUCUGUUACUCCUCACUUGGUUAUGUCCCCCCACACGAGGCAACCGCAUUCUAAAAUAGCCAAGUCUCCAUUACCAACAAUGCAAUCCAAAUUAUCUCCUAAGCUUGUAUCGGGUCCACCAGGUGGUAAAGGAGGUUCUAUAACACACGGAACACCAUUGCAGGGAGGACCGCGAUAUGAAGGGCUACUUCGUCAAAUGCCACCUCAACAGCAGACGCAUAAGGAAGGAGGAUCAAUUACCCAAGGAACUCCGGUUCACCAUGGAUCUCAUUUAGGGCCUAACGACAAGAGACAACCGCUCAGCUACGAGUACUUUAAAAGAAGUUCUCCGGCUGGUAAUCCAAGCCCAAAUAAUCCUGGUCAACCAGUUUCGUCUGCUUACCCUUACGGAUCAUCUCCAAGUCAAUCAUCUGCUUCAUCCGCUUUUAAUUCACCGUAUCCUACAAAUCCAACCCGGCAACCUACAUCAUAUCCUAUUGAACAACAACUCUCUUCACGACAAAUUAUUAUGAGCGACUAUAUCACCUCACAACAGAUGCAUGGACAAAGAAGAGUUGCACUUUCCGGCAAUGAAAAACAAGAUUCCCCUUCACCUCGAGGCGGAGUAGGUAUUUCAUCUCCCAUGUAUUAUAAUUCUCCGCCGGGAGGAAUGUACUUGCCUAGCAGAUCCCCAGUCGAUAGUCCAACUCCUCCUCCUUUAAGACAAGGAGUCAUUCAACGACAUAAUACCAUCCCUACUUCUCAGGGUCAACCUAGACCUCCCAGUGGAGGAAAUACUGCUGGUAAGCCUCAUUACCCGCCACCGGGACAUGAAGCCUUUAGUUCAUUAGUUGAAGCAGCAGUUCAACAACCUUCCCUCCCUGUUCCAUCUGUAGAAAAACGUACUCAUGCGUCGGAAAAACCUUUUAUAAGUCAUAGAGAGGUAAAAUCGUUAUGA